AUGUUUAAAGCCGUCUUCACAGCACCUAACGGCCGGAUCGUGGCUGCUCCUGUUUCCAGGACCAUACAGAAUAGGUUUUUUUCCGUUGCAUCUGCUUUGAAUAAGCCAGCAACUGCUUCGUCUACAGAAUAUUUUGCUACUGGAGGACUGAGUCAAGCGGUUUGGCCACAAGGUUUCAGAUUGCCCAAGCCUAAAACAUGGGAAGAGAGUGGUGAGAGUGCAUUAUCCAAGGCCACCAAGUUUUUUUUCUUGAGUGAAAUUGCCAGAGGAAUGUACAUCUGUAUGGAGAUGUUCUUCAGAGCUCCAUAUACCAUCUAUUACCCAUUUGAAAAGGGACCCAUCUCUCCCCGAUUCAGAGGAGAACACGCUUUGCGGAGAUACCCCAGCGGUGAAGAGAGAUGUAUUGCAUGUAAGUUGUGUGAAGCUAUUUGCCCAGCACAAGCCAUCACCAUCGAGGCAGAAGAACGUGCCGAUGGACUGAGAAGAACCUACAAGUACGACAUUGACAUGACCAAGUGUAUCUACUGUGGCUACUGUCAGGAAUCGUGUCCCGUGGAUGCCAUCGUGGAGUCUCCAAAUGUGGAGUAUGCGACCGAGACCAGAGAGGAGUUGUUGUAUAAUAAGGAGAAGUUGUUGGAGAAUGGUGAUAAGUGGGAGCAAGAAUUGCAAUACUGUAUUGAUGCUGACGCUCCAUACAGAUAA